UCGGUGACUGCCAGGCAGCACCUCAGGGCUGCGCAGGCUCUUUUCGGGGCGCAGCCUAGAGAGUAGGGAGAGCAGUUUCCUUGCUCAAGUUAGCAGGAAGGCAGCAAGAUGAGCUUAGCACCAGCAUUUCUGAGCGCGGAGGAAGUUCAGGGCCACCUCCGCAGCUCCAGCCUCCUCAUCCAGCCUCUGGAGGUGGCUCUGGCGAACUUCUCCAGCGGGCCACAAGGAGGGGUCACGCAGCCAGUGCGCACCGUGGUGCCGGUGGCCAAGCACAGGGGUUUCCUGGGGGUCAUGCCUGCCUACAGUGCUGCAGAGGACGCUUUGACCACCAAGUUGGUCACCUUCUACGAGGGUCACAGCACCACCUCCACUGUCCCCUCCCACCAGGCCACUGUGCUACUCUUUGAGCCAAGCAAUGGCUCCCUUCUGGCGGUUAUGGAUGGAAAUGUCAUAACUGCAAAGAGAACAGCUGCAGUGUCUGCUAUUGCCACCAAGUUUUUGAAACCACCCAACAGUAAAGUGUUGUGUAUCCUUGGGGCUGGGGUCCAGGCAUACAGUCAUUAUGAGGUCUUCACAGAGCAGUUCUCCUAUGAGGAGGUGAGGAUAUGGAACCGCACCAAAGAAAAUGCUGAGAAGUUUGCGGACACAGUGCAAGGAGAAGUACAGGUCUGUUCAUCAGUCCAGGAGGCUGUGACAGGUGCAGAUGUUAUCAUUACAGUCACCAUGGCAACAGAGCCCAUUUUGUUUGGUGAAUGGGUGAAGCCAGGGGCUCACAUCAAUGCUAUUGGAGCCAGCAGGCCUGACUGGAGGGAGCUGGAUGAUCAGCUGAUGAAGCAGUCUGUGCUGUAUGUGGAUUCCCGGGAAGCGGCCCUUAGAGAGUCUGGAGACAUUCUCCUGUCCGGGGCUGAGAUCUUUGCUGAACUGGGAGAAGUGGUGAAGGGAAUGAAGCCAGCCUACUGUGAGAAGACCACAGUGUUCAAGUCUUUGGGUAGUCCCUGGAUGGAUUCUCUUCUCUGCCACUCCUUGGACAUACAUCCUUGGGAAUGGCGGUGGAAGACACUGUUGCAGCCAAAUUAGUGUAUGAUUCCUGGUCAUCUGGUAAAUAAAACGAAGCAAUGUUGUGUUAAACAUGGAUGCUGCAGCUCAAGAGGUGUUGCUUCCAGUUGUCUCAUAAUUUCUAAAUCAAAAGAGGGAACCCUGUGCACAGAGAUCUAUAGUUUUGUGCUCAUCAUGUCUUAUCUUAAAUAAUGAGAUCCACAUUUGUGUUUGUAUUUAGUGAAAUUAGGUGGUCAUCCCUUCUUUUAUGCCAUAUUACAGCAACACUUGCCUUUCCAGGUAUUUCAUGGGUUUUUGUUAUUUCUGGAAAUAAAGCAAUUUUUCACUUCUGCA